CGCGCUCAAGGCGUCGUCCACAGCGUCGCGUUUCUCGCGGUAGUGAAUGACAGUUCGUUGAUUGUCUAUGGGAGUGCUCGCUCGUAUCGAAUUUGUGACAAAAUAUUCUAUGUCCAGUGAAAAGGGCGAAAUUAUUGUAUAUUUCGCAUGACAGUGAAUAAAAUAAUCACUUGAAUAUGGCGCUGGAGGGUGUGAAAAGUGAAAAAAGUGAGGAAAACAACGGCAAUGUGCCGGACGGCAAGGCGAACGGGAUCGACAACAAAAGUAAACAGAUAGACCCCAACACAGCGUUCCUACGGGCAGCGCGCGCCGGUCAGCUGGACACCGUCGUCGACCUGCUCGACUCCGGCGCCGUCAAGGACAUCAACACAUGCAACUCGAACGGACUCAACGCAUUGCACCUCGCCGCUAAAGACGGCCACAUAUCGGUCGUAGAGGAGCUGUUGAAAAGAGGCGCCACCGUCGACGCCGCAACAAAAAAAGGCAACACAGCACUCCACAUAGCAUGUCUCGCGGGGCAAGAAUCAGUGGCGAAGGCGCUACUGGGGGCGGGAGCGAAGGCCGACGCGCAAUCAGCCGCCGGGUUCACGCCGCUGUACAUGGCAGCGCAGGAAAACCACGCGGGCUGUGUCAAAAUGCUGCUGGCAGCGGGGGCUAGCCAGACCCUCGCCACAGAGGAUGGAUUCACACCGCUAGCAGUGGCCAUGCAGCAAGGCCACGACCGAGUGGUGGCUGAGUUAUUGGAGUCAGACACCCGCGGCAAGGUGCGGCUGCCGGCGCUCCACAUCGCUGCCAAGAAAAACGACGUCAAGGCCGCCACGCUGCUGCUAGAAAACGAACACAACCCAGACGCGUGCUCCAAGUCCGGCUUCACUCCCCUCCACAUAGCGGCUCAUUACGGCAACGUGGGCGUGGCGCGGGCGCUGCUGGCGGCCGGCGCCGACCCGGGCCGCGCCGCCAAGCACAACAUCACGCCGCUGCACGUGGCCAGCAAGUGGGGGCAGCUGGCCAUGGCCGACCUGCUCGUGGAGAACGGCGCCAACAUAGCGGCAGUGACGCGGGACGGACUCACGCCCCUGCACUGCGCGGCGCGGUCGGGACACAGCAACGUGGUGUCCCGCCUCCUACAGCAUGGGGCCCCCAUCACUAGCAAAACAAAGAACGGCCUUACCCCUCUCCACAUGUCCGUUCAAGGCGAACACGUGGAGACGGCCAAGGUACUUCUCACAGAGGGCGCCCCCAUCGAUGACGUCACUGUUGACUACCUCACAGCGUUGCACGUCGCAGCACAUUGUGGACACGUCAAGGUUGCAAAGCUUCUUCUAGACCGAAACGCAGACGCGAACGCGCGAGCACUAAACGGCUUCACGCCGCUUCACAUCGCCUGCAAGAAGAACCGGCUGAAAGUCGUCGAACUGCUACUCAAAUACGGAGCUAGCAAAUCAGCAACCACGGAAUCAGGUCUAACACCGCUCCACGUAGCAGCGUUCAUGGGCUGCAUGAACGUGGCACUAGUAUUGGUUGGCGCGGGCGCGGCGGCCGACGCGGCCACGGCGCGCGGGGAGACGCCGCUGCACCUCGCGGCGCGCGCGCACCAGACCGACCUAGUGCGGGUGUUACUAAGAAACGGGGCCAAGGUGGAGGCACGAGCCCGCGAAGAACAGACGCCACUACACGUCGCAGCGAGACUCGGUCACGGUGACAUCGCGGCGUUGUUGCUGCAACACGGCGCCGACGUCGCGGCUGCCACCAAGGACCACUACACGCCGCUGCACAUCGCUGCUAAAGAAGGCAAAGAAGAAGUCGCCUCCAUCCUGCUCGACCACAACGCGCCAAUCGAGGCUGAGACCCGUAAAGGCUUCACUCCACUGCACCUAGCGGCCAAGUACGGAGAUAUGGGCGUGGCCAGACUACUCUUAGCGCGAGGAGCGCAGCCCGACGCGCCGGGCAAAUCUCACAUCACGCCGCUACACAUGGCCACGUAUUACGGACACCCAGAUAUAGCGCUGCUUUUGCUGGAUAAAGGAGCGUCGCCGCACUCCCUGGCCAAGAACGGCCACUCGGCGCUGCACAUCGCUUGCCGGCACAACCACCCAGAUAUCGCGUUCGCUCUGUUAGAGCACGAUGCCGACCCUGGAGUUAAGUCGAAGGCAGGGUUCACACCACUGCACAUGGCUGCCCAGGAAGGUCAUGAGGACUGCGUGGAGAUGCUCAUCGAGCGAGGAGCUGAUGUCAACGUACCUGCCAAUAACGGUCUAACACCCGUACACCUAGCAGCCUCUGAAGGUCGCACAGCGGUUCUGAAGUCUUUACUAGCUGCUGGCGGUCACUGCAACGCGCGGACUAGAGAUGGAUACACUCCUUUACAUGCUGCAGCUCAUCAUGGCCACCAUGCAGCAGCCAGGGCGCUUAUAGAGGCCGAGGCUGACGUCACUGCGAGGGCAGCUCACGGGUUCACGCCUCUACACCAAGCCGCACAGCAAGGACACACGCUCAUCAUCCAGCUGCUACUCAAGAACAAUGCAGACCCGAAUGCGUUGUCAGCUAACGGCCAAACCGCGUGCGCUAUCGCCGACCGACUGGGCUACAUCAGCGCGGUGGAGGCGCUACGACCUGUCACCGAGAACACGCUCAGCCAAGCUGUUGGUGAUACUGGUGGUUUGGAAGGCAAAUAUCGCGUGGCGGCGCCCGAACUCAUGCAGGACACCUUCAUGAGUGAUUCGGAGGACGAAGGAGGAGAGGUGGAGUGUCCCAUUCAACAGCAACAGCAAUACCGCUACAUGAAUAGCGAAGCGGGAACACUGCACCGAGCGAAGCCGCUCGAGGACAGCGUGACAGAUGGCCACCUGUGGCCCAGCAACAACGACAGCAAGGUGGCCACCAUCGACCGCCAGCCACUCGACAUCGGGUUCCUGGUGUCUUUCGUGGUAGACGCGCGCGGUGGCGCCAUGAAGGCGAAACGACGAGGUGGCGUGAGAAUCAUCGUGCCGCCCGCCGCCUGCGCAGCCCCUACAAGGGUUACCUGCCGAGCGGCCACAAGACGAGCGCCGGCGGCCGCGCCCCCUCCACUAAUGGAGGGGGAGGCCUUGGCUUCCAGGCUGCUGGAGCUACAGCCCCAAGGAGCCAAGUUCUUGGCGCCAGUAAUAAUCGAAGUGCCGAUAUUCACGUCGUCGUGUCGCGAGCGGGAGAUCGUGAUCCUGCGCUCCGACACCGGCGAGACCUGGCAAGACCAUUACCUGCACAACAACGACAACCCUAUGAUACAGGAAGCCCUCCAACGCGAAAGACAAGAGCACGGCACCAGCGGCGAAACCCUCGGCGAGAACGGAGAGCGGGUCACUCGCAUCGUCACCUGCGACUUCCCUCACUACCUCGCUGUAGUGUCCAGAGUCCGGCAGGAGGUGCACAUCAUCGGCCCUGAAGGAGGCACCGUCUCCAGUGCCCAUAUACCACAGGUGAUCAUCAUCAGCUGUCCACAUCAUCAUCUUUAG